GCAAGUACAAGAGCUGUUGAUCCAGCGGAUUACUAAGUGUGUAGGCCACAAACGAAUUCUUGCACUCAUCACUCCUUGCGAGCCUUCGCCGUGCCCUCAAUCAAUCUCAUCCCUUCUCGAGAAGCCUCCAUCACAGUCACCAUGCCGAUCACGAUCAGUGACGAGAGAAUAGCUCAAGUCACAGAAGUUGUGAGUCGCUGGACCCAGAGCUUCAUGCCAUUCGAUGACAAGAACACGCCCGAGAUCCUACUUUCAUGCCUCGAUCCAAAGGUUGAAUGGUAUGACCAUGGGUUUCAUGUGGUGAGGGUGGGACACAAGGCGAUUCUGGGGCUGCACAAAAGCUUUCUGCAUUGCAACCGGCCAUUCCAGGCGGAGAUCAAGAGUCUUGAAGUGACAGCCACAGGCGCAGCUGUUCAGCAACUCUGGGUUGGGACAUGCAAGAAUGAUAUAGUCCGUCCAGAUGGAAAGAUGGUCAUGAAAGGCAGUGGGAGAGCCUUUGCGAAUCAUGUGGGCUUCUUCCUGAAGAUUGAUGACGAGGGCAAGAUUACUCGCAUUGACGAGUACGAUCAUCGAUACUGGGAUGAAGGCAAGCCGGAAUCAGAGUAUCAGAGGGUGGAAGUAGGCUUGAAGGCUGACCUCUGAGUGCCUAAAGCUUGUCCUUUAUCAGGGGCAGUAGCAGACCAGAGAAUUCAGUCCAACGCCCUAUGAUAUUCUCCCCAACUUCAUUGCCUAAGCUACUCAAGAGCCGUAGUUUCACCAGAUGUCUAGCAGCAGCAUAUCUUCGUGCA